UGGAGCAUGCGCACUCCGUGCUUUGCUGUAUGAUCCGUCUCGGCACCCGUAACUGGUAAUUGUGAUGUGAGUGAGUUUCCUAGGAAAGGGAGACGUGUAUUAGUGUUAGACAGUCAGUCGGUGCGGAAAUAUACAUGUCAGCCGAGGUGCAGAACAGGAUGCUGGAGGGGAUAGAAGGCCCUGGCCCGGGAGGUGGUCCAACUUUUGACGGGCUAGACUGGGGUUCUUCACUGUUUGAUGAGCUAAGCAGCUUGGUUGAUGUUGAAGAUGUGUUUCAAGAUGGCAAAUGCAACGCCUAUGAAAAUAACUUUGAUAAUCUUGAUUUUAAUAUGGACCUUAUGUCAUGGGAUUCCUACCCUUGGGAUGGACCUGAUCAGUGCUACACUGGAGAUGGCAUAAAACCAGAGCCAUUGUCACCUUCAUCAUCCAGUUCUUAUGCACAGUCUUCACUGUCUGCUGGCUCUCCAGCAUCUUCCUCAGAAUGCUUGCUGGAGGAGGUUGACAUUUCUUCCAGCAAUCAGAUGUCCCCAGUAUCACUAUACUCUGAAGCUUCAAGGAGUCCUGGAUCUCCAGAACAACUAGACGUAAAACCUAUUAAAACAACACAGCAUGCCACGAGUAAUGCAUCCACUAGACAGAGGAAACUUGCUCCAGUGGUGCCUAAGCUAUCCAUACAGCAAAAAGCCAUCCUGAUUCCUACAUCUGCAGGCAUUCAUUCAUCCACAGGAAUUUCCUCUAAAACAAUUAUAUUUCAGCCACUUACUACACUACUUCCGAAACAGCAUCCACUGAUUACCAUUCAGCCAGCACCACAAGCAGGUCAACAAGUUCUGCUAGCCCCUUCUGCAGUUGUUCAGCUUCCUGCACCUGGCAUUGUUGCUUCACAGCCUGUCCUGACUGUGAGUGGCGGAACCCCUCAAAUCCCAACACAGUCUAUAAACAUAAUGGCACACACAGGACCUUCAUCUGGGAAAACGUCACCAAUGAAAUCCUUCAUUCAGGCAACCGCUCAAACACCUGACAGUGGAGCAGAUAUAAAUUUGAUGCGGAGACAGCAAAGGAUGAUUAAAAACCGCGAGUCAGCGUUUCAGUCUAGAAGGAAGAAAAAGGAGUAUAUGCAGGGCUUAGAAGUGCGUCUGCGAGCAGCUUUGUCCGAGAACGAGAUGCUUAAGAAAGAAAAUGGGUCCUUGCAGAAAUUGCUGGAAGAAGUUGUAUCUGAGAAUCAGAAACUUAAAGUGACUGCUCCAAAAAGGAGAGCUGUCUGCCUGCUGAUGGUGGCUUUAUUUUUAGUGAUUAAUUUCAAUCCCAUUAGUAUACUUCAGUCUAGCCCUGGUCCCUUUGAUGUAGAAGUCAGUACUGUUCGCCACAAUAGGCACUUGCUUGAGUUCUCAUCUGGUGAAAUUAAUAUCAAAGACCAGGAAACACCACACAAGGAUAUGGGCAAUGGACAUUACAUCUCAACCGAAAAGGCUUUGAUGGUUGUGAAAAAGGAGCCAUUGCUCUACAUUCCUCCACCUCCUCCAUGUCGACCACAUAUCAACCAGACAGAAUCCCUCAGGUUAAACCAAGAACUACGUGGCUGGGUCCAUAGACAUGAGGUGGAGAGGACAAAGUCCAGACGAACCAUCAGUACCCAUAAGGCACAACCAGUGCAGAAACCAGAUGAGAAAGAUGGCACCUCACAACUUGUAACAAUGCAAUACACCAGCGUAAAGAACUCUGUGAAUGAGCUGCAGAUAUAUUACUCCUCACCAAGGAGCUAUCAAGAGUUUUUGGAAGCUAUUCGCAGGAGGGGUGAUACAUUUUAUGUUGUGUCCUUUCGUAGGGACCACUUGUUAUUGCCAGCCACUAACAGGAAUAAGACCAGCAGACCGAAGAUGUCCAUUGUUUUGCCAUCUACAACUGUAAAUGAAAAUGUGAUUAAUGGGCAGGAGUAUGAAGUGAUGAUGCAAAUAGAUUGCGAGGUGAUGGACACACGGAUUUUGCAUGUUAAGUCUGCUUCCAUCCCUCCAUUCCUCAGAGAGCAUCGUGAGAACCAAACCAAUACAUUCUACAAUUCUGCUUCCUCAAGCUCAGAACAGGCCCACGUUGUAAGCACAAUUGCUGAGUCUCCACUAUAACAGAAGAAGAGGCCUUUAUAUUAGUCCUUUGCUGUCUCAAGGAUCUACAGUACAUAUGAUUUUUCGAAGUCUUCAGUCUGUAGUGCGUCUCUCCGUUAUGAAAACAGUAGUAGAGGAAGUAACUAUAUAUAAUUUUUUUUAUUUUACGUCCAUUCAAAUCUCCAUAGGAAAAACACUUUUGGAAAUGGUUCACUAAACUGAUAUUUGUUUCAAAUACAUUAAAACUGGUGCUCGCAGCACUAUUACAUUAAAUGCUCUCUGCAAUCUUAUCAAAAGCAGUUUUUACUCAUAACUAUCCAAUCGUCACAUUCAAAAAUAAUGCUGGACGAAUAAAUGAUAUUUAGAGGAA